AUGCAAGAUUGGCGCAAUUUUCCAUUCUUCUUGACCCAAGAAAUAUGGAAGCAUUUGGAAGAAACUCCAGGGUUGCCGCAAAAGAAUCGAAUGGAGAGACUGAGCAGAUUCUUGGUGAAUGUUUUAGGUAUGAGAAACCCUUCAGAGCAGACCAUGGCAGUCAUGUGCGCAUUGAUUUGUCGCACUGAGAUGGAUUCCAGUCGUUUGUCUGCUUCUCUGCAAACCUUGAAGACAGUUUUGCGGACCACGAUUUGCCGUGCUGCGCAGCAAGGUUUGGCUGUGCCAGGUGGGUUGCAUGUCGAGGUGUUGCCCUCGACCUUCGCAGAACUUCCGGCCGUGGUUCGCCAACAUUUAGUUGGCGUUGCUAUUGUGGCGCCGCCAGAUGCAGUGAAUGUCGCGGAGGUGCUGCAACAUGCCAAAGGCAUUCCUUUGCGCAACACUCAUAGGUCAGUUGCACUGCAGAGGCAGAUGCAACAGCCUUUGCAGUUUGGAGGAGCUGCUGGAGUAAUGUCCAACCAGCUUGUGGAAGCUGCUGCAUUAGUGGCAUCCGCGGCCUUGCGCAUGCCUGUUGCUGAGACUCAGGGAGGUUUGUCGAAUUUGCAGAUUUUUCCGGGGAAUCGUUUGGUUCCAAGCAAUGGAUCACAGCCUCGUCAAUUGCAGAACUUGUUGCAGCGGCAUGAGAUGGAAGCUGCAUCUGUGGCCUCGGUUGCAAUGCCCGCACCAGCGCAAGCUCCGCUUGCGAUUAUGGACGGGCGCCCUGAAGCAGUGCAGCAGGGGAAUGUUGCGGGUGUGGAUGGACAGCCAAGUGCCUCACGCGCUGACAUUGCUCAGCCAUUGGUGACGGGAGACAGCAUUCGAGACGCUCAGGAGUUGCCAAGAGCAGCGAAAGACGAUGGGGAGGCUCCACGAGCUGAUGCGGUGCUGGUGAAGCAAGCGCCUCCGCAAGUUGCUUCUGCCGUGGCUCAAUUGGCUAAGGCGCACUAUCGAGAAGAUUUGGACAUGGAGCCACGGCCGCCGAAGCCGCGUGGUAGACCGCCGAACGUUUUGAAGCGCCCCGCUGCAAAGCCGGGCAUGCCGAACGCAAAGAAGAAGCCUGCGGCUGCUGUGAGCUCUCCAUCGGUUUCGAUUGAGGAGACGUCACGUCAAGUUGUUUGUAUGAAGAAGCCAUCUGCAAAACAGAUGCCUCAGAGUAAGCCAUCUGUGCAGAAAACAGUGACCAAAGCACAGCGCAUGAGGUGUUUUGGCUUUGCUGUGAAGUUUUUUUUGCUUUGCCCGUUUUCUGUCGGCAUGGCUGCAUCAAGCUCAAUGGAAGUGAAAGAAAUCACUUUGACAACCUGUGAGGACGGUACAAUUGCGGUCGUCAGUGGUCCGCAGCGAGUGGAAAUCGAUAGCAAAGCUUUGGAGGAAGUGUGGAAGGAAAAAGAACCGGAAGUCGCGCCAGUGACUCCGGAAGUGAUGCCUGUCGUUGACAAGACGGAGAGGAAAGAGCCACAGCCAUGUCUCCAGGGUUGGCGACGCACUGUUCAUGCUGCUGCGAAAGAGUGCAUGAAGGAGAUAGAGGAACGCGUUGAGUGCGCAGAAGAGUUCAACGACUUAGAUGAUUAUCCAAUUUAUCAAAAGCUUCUUGCUUUAACUGAUGCUCUGCGGAUGGAUCCGGAUCUUGACAGAAAGGCUGCAGAUGAGACACUCGAUCUGGCGCGCAUGUACUUAUACUUGUACGUUUCGCCUACGGGCAAGCGACGAAGCUGCGCCUGCGGGCCAGCUGCUCCAAGCUUCGCCUGCGGGCAAGCUGAGAAGCUUCGCCUACGGGCAAGCUACGAAGCUGCGCCUGCGGGCCAGCUGCUCCAAGGUUCGCCUGCGGGCAAGCUACGAGGCUGCGCCUGCGGGCCAGCUAGCUUCGCCUACGGGCAAGCUGAGAAGCUUCGCCUGCGGGCGAGCUACGAAGCUGCGCCUGCGGGCCAGCUGCUGCAAGCUUCGCCUGCGGGCAAGCUGAGAAGCUUCGCCUACGGGCAAGCUACGAAGCUGUGCCUGCGGGCCAGCUGCUGCAAGCUUCGCCUACGGGCAAGUUACGAAGCUGAAGAAGGAGACGAGAAGCCUUCGAAGCCUGAGAAGUCGGAGGCGCCGUCUGCUGCGCCAGAAGCCACAGAAGGGGAACAGCCAGGACGCUGGGACGAAUGGAAGCAAGAGGUGCCGGAGAAGAAAGAAACGAGGAAGGAUUCUUUCGAGGACAAAGCGCGUGCGGUGCGAACCCGCUCUGCUGGUGGAGGAGCGGUUCGCAAUCGCCGCGCUGCUGGCACGCCUGGGACGUUUGAAUGUCCUGAGUGCUACAGAGUCAUACAGGACAAUCGCACGUCGCGGGAUCAACACUGGGAUUCGCGGCACUGUCGCGCCCAUCGCCUAUACAACAGAGGCUAUGGGUCCACGGAGCAGUGCUUCCAGCUUGCAGACCAUGAGAUCCAGAAGGAGUGGCAAAAGUGGACUUCUGGCCAGACGGUGCGAUUGAAGGAGAUGCCCAAUGAGCCAAAGGGUCCACCGCCCAAGCUGCGUGCUGAGAGUUCUGGUCGUGAGCGCCAGCAUGGGGACAGGCGCUACGACGAAGAGGACUAUCGUCGUGAGCGACGCAGUCCGGAUCGGAAGCGCCGGUCGUCGCGCAAGGACACGGGAGAUCAGGACGAAGAGACCAGUCGCGCGCGUCGUCGCAAGCGCGAUCGUAGCGGGGAUGGAAAGAACGCAGACUCUCAGCGUGUGAAAACUGAGAAGGAACACCGCGUGCGCGCGGCAGAGGUGCGAAAGUCCAGCCGCCCUGCGGCUGCGCAGGGAAGCAAGGGGAAAGAUGCGCGCCGUGAAGAGUCGCAGCGCCAGCAAGGUGAAGAGACGCACGGAUCCUCUGAGUAUACUUAUACCUACGACGAGGCUUCGUCGCCAGAGGACUCCAAGGACCCGACGCAGAAGACAUCUGCAGCAGCCAGUGCCACACAGGCAGCAGCUGAGGAGCCUCGCGAGAAGAAGCCGGAGAAGAGUCGCACGGUUCUGAAGCAAUCGGCGGCGGUUCCGGCAAAUCCCAAAGCCAACGACCAAGAGAACCGCGUGGCAAUGUUCAGCUCCUUGCUCCGCACAGCAAUGGAAACAGCAAGCAACUGUGGCAUGUGA